CUCCUGUGUCUGACUGUGAGCUCCCGUGUCUAUCAGCUCCUGUGUCUGACUGUGAGCUCCUGUGUCUAACUGUGAGCUCCUGUGUCUAUGAGCUGCUGUGUCUGACUGUGAGUUCCUGUGUCUAUCAGCUCCUGUGUCUCUAUGAGCUCCUGUGUCUAUCAGCUCCUGUGUCUGUGACUGUGAGCUCCAGUGUCUAUCAGCUCCUGUGUCUCUAUGAGCCCCAGUGUCUAUCAGCUCAUGUGUCUAACUGUGAGCUCCUGUGUCUCUUUGAGCUCCAGUGUCUAUCAGCUCCUGUGUCUAUCAGCUCCUGUGUCUAUCAGCUCCUGUGUCUAACUUUGAGCUCCUGUGUCUCUAUGAGCUCCUGUGUCUAUGAGCUCCUGUGUCUAUCAGCUCCUGUGUCUAACUUUGAGCUCCUGUGUCUCUUUGAGCUCCUGUGUCUAUCAGCUCCAGUGUCUUUUAGCUCCUGUGUCUAA